UGUAUCACGGUACUAAAUGGUCGACCAACAUUUUUUACUGGAAUUCUAAAUUGCCGUUUAAGUGUGUAAAAACAUGUUAAAUUAAGAUUGUGGCGACACUAGAAUGUCAAACAGAGUAUAUACUUAAGAAAUAACGUGUUUUCCUGACACUUGUUUUUAUUCUUUAUGACUUUUGUUUUUCUUGGUUCGUGAUUGGUCGAACAACAGCGGAUAUAGACCAUCUGUUUACUGUAGCUGGGAUGCUAGCUAACUAACCAGAUACGCAAUGUCUAGUUCUUAGGGAAACACAGUCACAUUUUGUAUCGUUUUCUUCUAGAAGUAAAUGUAGGUCCGCCUUGGGAUAAGACAGCGUAAUUGUCUUUCCGCAGUAACGUUUGAGGCCAAGAUGAUCGAGGUGGUGGCCUCCAUGGCCAGAGGCCCCGUGUUUCUGGCCGGGGAGCUCAUGGAGUGUCUCAUAACAUUCACCAACCCGAUGUCCCACCUCUCCACUUCUGCCACCAGUGAGAUGCUGGCAUGGGCCAGUGCCCAGAUCCACUGCCAGUUUCAUGCUAGUGAAAGCAGAGUGGCCCUGCCGUCCCAGGGCAACAAACAGGAUGUCCAGGCUGAGAGCAACACAGUGCUUAUUCCAAGCAGAGGAGAGCGAGGUCAGUGUGUGCUGGACACACCACCUAAGAUAUUAUUCUGUGACCUGCGCCUGGACCCCGGGGAGAGUAAAACCUAUUCAUACAGUGAGAUCGUACCCAUAGAUGGUCCUCCUAGUUUCCGUGGUCAGGCAGUGAAGUACGUCUACAAACUGACCAUCGGCUGCCAGAGAGUCAACUCUCCUAUCAAACUACUCAGAGUUCCCUUCAGAGUGCUGGUUCUGCAAGGCAUGCCAGAGCCUCCAUUUCCACAGGAUGAGGAGGUUUCCCCCUCCAAUCCAUUCCUAGAGGAAGAGGAAGCGAGCCGCAGGGAUGCUCGGCCUCUGGAGAGAGCACUGGACAUGCUGAUGAUCACCACCUCGAGACGCUGUCCCCACAUGUUUAAUAUCACCAAUAUGCGUGGGAAAGUGGCAAAGUUCUGCAUCUUCAAGACUGUUUACAGACUUGGGGAGGACAUUAUAGGCACAUUCAACUUUUCAGAGGGAGACAUUCCUUGCUUGCAGUAUUCAGUGAGCCUUCAGAAUGAGGAGGAGAUCCAGCAGCAGUACCAGCGGCGCCCCGGACAGGUCAUCAGUGUGACUGGACACGGGCGACACAUGGAGUCCUGCCUUCACACCGCCUUCAGCCACUUCUCUCUCCCCAUCCCUCUCAACGUCACGCCGGGUUUCAGCACAGACAUAGUGAUGCUGAGAUGGCGCCUUCACCUUGAAUUCGUCACUGCCCGGGAGCCUAUGGAACCGCCCACAGUUCUGCAGAACCAAUCAGAGGUCACAGUUUGGGCCGGGGCGGAGCAUGUCGACGUGGAUACCUUCAGCUGGGAUCUGCCUAUCAAAAUCCUGCCCACCAACCCUGCCUUGGCAUCCUACAUGUCCCACUUUUCAGGGGCCAACAGCAUUACUAUUUGAGUGUGUGUGUGUGUGUGUGUGUGUGUGUGUGUGUGUGUGUGUGUGUGUGUGUGUGUGUUACAGAGAGAAACAGUAUUUUUAGCACAAAGGUGCACAUUAUAGGAACAAAGGAGCAUUAUGAUUUUGUUGUCUGCAUUGUAUAUGCGGAGCCAGUGAUUAGUUCCAUAUGUAUAUUAUGCAACCUAUGUUUUUCUUUUCAUAUGCAUUUCGCGGCGCAUCUUAACUUUAAAUACAUAUUUCUUUUUAGACCUCAUGACGCGCAACUGUCACUGUGGUUGCUGUGCAUUUCUGUAUUUAUUUAAUUUUUGAUUCCUUUACUCAUUCGCACACUUGCUCUCUCAUUUUAUGAAAAAACUUUUUCGUAUUCAGAAUAUUUUUACUGUUUCACUUUUUCUUUCAGCUUGAGCAAAGGCUGUAUUGAGAUGUAAAUACUACAAGAGAAAAAAUAAUUAAAAGUGUGAUUUAAAUUUGAUAA